AUGAAGCUCAGCGCCACCGUCGCCCUGCUCCUGCUGGCGUGCAGCUGCAACUCUGGCUCCGCCAGGCCGUGCCCGUCGUUCCACAAGAUCCUCCACAACUUCCUGUUGGGCGCAAUGUCUGACUACCAGAGCGCAGUGGAGCCCUUCCAGCCAGACCAGAACAUGAAGGAGGCCGGGACCCAGAUGAAGACCCUAGUGGACACCCUACCCCAGAGCACGCGGAAGGAGGUGCUGAGGCUCUCGGUUGGGGAUCUCUGCCAGGGCGAGCCCGUGAGUCCUGUGAUGGCGAAGACUGAGUCAGAGCUGCUACAUCCCUUCCUGCACCCACGUGACUGCCACACCUGA